CGCAUCGUGCCCGCGGUCCUAGCGAGACACGUGAACCCACUUUCUCGCCAAAGGCCUCCGAGUCACAACCCACCAUCGCGAAGUCCCCCACUCUCACGAAAACUGUCACCACAACACUCAGCUCAAUGCCGCCCAAACUCCCGAAAGCGAAACCGAAGCCCGCCGCUCGCCGCGGUGCUACCACUGGGCAACCCACUACCCAGAAUCUCCCCGCCGAGGGUUCCGCCGCGUCGCUUUCCCACGCCGCAGUCCUUCCCGAAGCUUCGGCUGCCGCCACCGAUCCAACGGAAACGAAAGAAAUACCGACAACUGCACCGCCUAAGGGGCGACUGGAUAGUCUCACUUCUCCAUCUACUCGCGGGGGACCCUUGCGUGGUGCUGUCGGAUCGAAGAUUAAGUUCAAGCCGAAGGUGGUGCAGAGGAGGACGAAAGAGGAGCGAGAGACACUCGACGCGAAAUUUCAGGAACAACAGGCUACCAAGUCGUCUCGCGGCGGGAGUGGCCGCGGCGGUGGUCGCGGUGGUCGUGGUGGUGGCCGAGGAGGACGGGGACGCGGUGGGGGAGGCCUUGGCUUCUCGGAUGUUUUACCUGGCGCCAGUGGUCCGUUUGCGCUCGGUAGUGUGGUCACCGGGCGGAGGGAUAAGGUGUUUGCAGAGCGGAGCGGGACGGGGAUCUUUGGAGGCUCUGGCAGCAGUCGCGCGAUGCGGUACAAAUCGAACGUCAAGCGCGAUCCUCGGGACGGUGACGAUAAAGGUGGAUACUCGAGUUCGGAUGACUCGGACGGACCGAAGAUGGACGUCGAGUAUAUCUCGCUUCUGGAUGCGGCGAGCGACGAUGACGAGAUGGAUGGAGAGGAAAGGGACAUGACGAAUGACUGGGGUGCCGGUGCGCCUGUACGGAUUCCUCGGAGCGAACACGUCGAUCGUCAGGCGAUGGUGAAUACGGAUUCGAGCGCGAAGAAGGGCAAGGCGGAACUGAAGGCGAUGAAAGAUAAGGAGAUGACUUUCGAGACUGAAAUCAAAAUCAAAGCCGAGCCGGAAGACGAUGACCUGGGGAUGCUCCCUCCCAGUUCGCCGGAGAUGACGAAACGCAAGGUGAAGGUUUCGGACUCGCCGGAGGUCAAACGGAAGAAGGAGCCUACAUCGCCGGUGAGGCGGAGGAGAAGGUCGAGUGUCCUGGGUAAGAAGCCCAUCAUCUCGACGACAGAAGAAAAGGAGGAGUACGAGCGGUUGGAGACGGAUCGGAACGAUGCUCUCCUCGAGCUUGGUGGAGCUAUGAAUGGGCUUGGUCUGGAUACGGGCAAAGCCAGGGACCCCGACAACGAUGUGGAAAUGUUUUCGCCCACUGCCGCCCCACAACCAACUGCCAAUGCUGAAACCGAAAAUCAGAUCUUCUGUUUUCAAUUCCCUCCUCUCCUCCCGCGUCUCGUUGACUUCAAUUUGGAAGAAAAGAAACCUCAAUCCAAAGAAGCCGAAGAAGACGACACCAAGCCGGAUGUCAAAAUUCAACCCGGCUCCUUCGCCGCCCGCAAACUCGCUGCACAGAAUAAAG